AUGGGUUCCACAGAGUUAGUCGGAAUGAAGUUUAUACGUGAGCAAGUAGAUUUGCUUUUAGCUCAGCCUACGGAUGGUGUUCGCUUUAUGGGGAUAUGGGGGAUGGGCGGAAUUGGCAAAACAACCAUUGCUCAGCUAGUUUAUGAUAGCAUUUCUACCCAUUUUGAAGUUAGCAGCUUUCUUGCUAAUGUUAGAGAGGUUUCUCAACGUGGAAAUCUUGUUGAUCUACAAAGACAACUUCUUUCCCCAAUCUUGAAGGAUCAAAUUACUCAAGGUUGGGAUGAACAGUGGGGAACCUCUGUCAUUAAGAAUUGCUUGUAUAAUAAAAAGGUUCUUCUCAUUCUUGAUGAUUCGGAACGCCUUUAUAAAAAUGAGCCUGAGGAAGGUUUCUUGGAAUUGUCCAAGGGUUUUGUAAAUUAUGCCAGAGGCCUUCCACUAGCUCUUAAACUUUUGGGAUGCUUAGUGUAUAAAAGAGAUCAAGAUGAAUGGAAAAGUGAAUUGGAUAAGCUGCAGAAAAUUCCUAACUCACAAAUUUUUGAUUUGCUCAAAAUAAGUUACGAUGGAUUAGAUGAGAUGAAAAAGGAGAUAUUUCUUGAUGUUGCAUUUUUUCAUAAGUCGAAGGGCAAGGAGAAAGUAAUUGAAAUUCUAGACGGCUGUGGCCUACAUGGUUGUGUUGGGAUAAAUGAUCUCGUUAAGAAAUCACUCUUAACUAUAUCAAAUGGGAAUGUUGAAAUGCAUGAUUUGAUACAAGAAAUGGCAUGGGAAAUUGUUCAUCGAGAGUGUCCUGAAGAGCCUGGUAGACGAAGUCGAUUGUGCAAUCAUGAUGAUAUCUCUCAUGUAUUCAUAGACAAUACGGACUUGCCCUAUUUGAAAAAAAUGGACCUUUUUGGCUCUGAAAACUUGGUCACAACCCCAGAUUUUAGUGGCAUUCCGAAUCUUGAGUUGUUGGAUUUUGGAAGUUGUAAGAAUUUGGUUGAGAUUCACCCGUCAAUUGCAAAUCUCAAAUGUCUUAAAAUCUUGGAUCUUAGUUUUUGCUCAAAAUUGAAAAAGAUUCCAGAAUUUUCAGGGCCAAUGAAAAAUUUGUCAACGCUUAUUUUACAAGGGACGUCCAUUGAGAAAUUACCUUCAUCAAUUGGAUGUUUGGUUGGCCUUUCUUGGCUGAAUAUCUUCCAACGCAUGAAAUCCAAGGAGUUUGUGGGAAUAAAGUGGAUCUUUUUACUCAUUUCCCUCUGCCUAGAGAUUUUGUCAAUUGCUUGUGAUCAGGCUUCCUCUCCAAGAAAUCCCCACUAUGCAUUAUUUGGGAUGAUGUUCGCCAUUGCUGCUGUACUGAUUUGCAUCUGGGAGCUCAUUUACAAGGGUAAAAAUGAAAGAGUUGAACUGAGGAGGUGGAGGACGUUGUGGUGGUUUUAUUAUCCAGGUCCCCAGCGAAGGCUAUAUGGUAGUCUUCCUGACAUUUAUGGAUUAGUUGGUGCCAUCUCUCAGUGCAUUUGCUCGACAGUUCAGUAUUUGUGCUUCAUUCGGCAUAAUCAAAAUCCUAUCAAAGCCUCCUUUUUGCCUGCCAUCUUUCUUAUAUGUUUGGGUGCUUCAAGAUUGAGUUACAUUCGAACGGACGAGACCAAUGAAAAAAAUGAGUGA